UCCACCAGAUGGCAGCAGGAGCCCGUCGGUGCCAGUGUUACUAGGCCGACGAUGGCGUUGAGGUUGGGACGAUAUCUGGCUCCGAGCCUUGGGAGUGCCCUUCGGGGCCAUUUGCAAGCAAGAUGCUUCCACAUGUCCCCCCUGGUGGCAGCAGCCCAGAAAGUGGCUAUGUCUCACCUGGAUCCUGGCAGUGAGAUGCCAUAUGAGAAGCUCCAGGCAAACCUUAGCAUUGUCAAGCAGAGACUGAACCGACCAAUGACCCUGUCGGAGAAAGUUCUGUACUCCCACUUGGACGAUCCUACGAGCCAGGAUAUUGUACGUGGAGAGUCCUACCUCAAGCUUAGGCCUGACCGAGUGGCUAUGCAGGAUGCCACUGCCCAGAUGGCCAUGUUGCAGUUCAUUAGUUCUGGCCUUCCUCGUGUAGCUGUGCCCUCCACCAUUCAUUGCGACCAUCUUAUUCAGGCUCAAAUUGAUGGCCCCAAGGAUUUGAAGAGGGCCAUUGAGCUGAACAAGGAGGUAUACAACUUCUUGUCAACUGCAGGCUCUAAGUAUGGCGUUGGCUUCUGGAAGCCUGGUUCUGGUAUCAUUCAUCAGAUCAUCCUCGAGAACUAUGCCUUCCCUGGCCUGCUCAUGAUUGGCACAGACUCCCACACCCCCAAUGGUGGUGGUUUGGGUGGUCUUUGCAUUGGUGUUGGAGGUGCUGAUGCUGUGGAUGUGAUGGCUGACAUCCCCUGGGAAUUGAAGUGCCCUAAGGUUAUUGGUGUGAAACUGACUGGAGAAUUGAGUGGGUGGACCUCCCCCAAGGACAUCAUCUUGAAGGUGGCUGGGAUCUUGACUGUCAAGGGUGGCACCGGAGCCAUUGUUGAAUACUUUGGCCCUGGUGUUGAUUCCAUUUCUUGCACUGGCAUGGCAACCAUUUGCAACAUGGGUGCAGAGAUUGGUGCAACUACAUCAGUAUUCCCAUACAACUCAAGGAUGAGAGACUACCUUAAGGCAACAAACCGAGAAGAAAUUUCCAAGCUGGCUGAUGAGAAUGCAUCCAUGCUGACGCCAGAUGAGGGAGCUCCCUAUGAUCGCAUUGUGGAGAUCAACCUGUCAGAACUGGAGCCACACAUUAAUGGUCCCUUUACUCCUGAUCUGGCCCACCCUGUCAAUAUUAUUGGAGAUGCUGCCCGAGAGAAGGGUUGGCCCCUUGAGGUCAAAGCAGGUCUUAUUGGCUCCUGCACCAACUCAUCCUAUGAGGACAUGGGUCGCUGUGCCUCCAUUGUCAAGCAAGCCAUGAAUCAUGGACUGAAGGCCAAGUCCCUGUUCCACAUUACUCCUGGCUCAGAGCAGAUCCGUGCCACUAUUGAACGUGAUGGCAUUGCUGAGACCCUCCGAGAGUUUGGUGGCACAGUUCUGGCCAACGCUUGUGGACCCUGCAUUGGGCAGUGGGACCGCCAAGACGUGAAGAAAGGAGAUAAGAACACCAUUGUCACCUCCUACAACCGUAACUUCAUUGGACGUAAUGAUGCCAACCCAGCCACCCAUGCCUUUGUCACCUCCCCAGAACUUGUAACAGCCAUGUCACUUGCCGGUAGGCUGGACUUCGACCCCAGGAAUGACACCUUGGUUGGUGCUGAUGGCAAGGAGUUUAAGUUGAAGGAUCCCUUCGCAGAUGAGCUCCCAUUACGUGGAUUUGACCCAGGCGAGGAUACAUACCAAGCUCCUCCCGGUGAUGGAUCAUCUGUGGCAGUUGAUGUCAGUCCCGAGUCUCAGCGCCUUCAGCUCCUCUCACCUUUUGACAAAUGGGACGGAAAGGACAUUGAGGACAUGACCAUCCUUAUUAAGGUUUUAGGCAAAUGCACAACUGACCACAUUUCUGCAGCUGGACCUUGGCUGAAGUUCCGUGGACACUUGGACAAUAUUUCCAACAACAUGUUCCUUACUGCUGUGAAUGCUGAAAAUGGUGAGAUGAAUAAUGUACAGAACAAGUCAACUGGUGAGUGGGGCCCAGUCCCAGCUACUGCCCGCGCCUACAAGGCUGGUGGUAUUAAGUGGUGCGUCAUUGGUGACGACAACUACGGUGAGGGCAGUUCUCGAGAACAUGCUGCCCUUGAACCCCGUCACUUGGGAGGAAGAGCCAUUAUCGUCAAGUCCUUCGCACGUAUUCACGAAACCAAUCUGAAGAAGCAGGGCAUGUUGCCUCUUACAUUUGCCAACCCAGCCGACUACGACAAGAUAUCAUCCGAUGAUAAAAUCUCGCUGCUUGGCCUGGCUGGUCUUGCUCCUGGCAAACCUCUGGAAUGCCGGAUCAAGCACCCUGAUGGCUCAACAGAAACCAUCUCCCUGAACCACACUCUAAAUGAACAACAGAUUUCUUGGUUUAAGGCAGGUUCUGCCCUUAACCGCAUGAAAGAGGUAGCAGCAGGAAAGUAAUGGUAAAACGUCUUUGUAUAUAAGGGAAAAAAAAAAAUAAAAACUAAGUGGGGAACUUUUAGAAGGUCAUUCGAUGGAAUAUGUAGAUUUUGUAGAUUGUCUCUUAAGAAUUUUUGUUCAAUAUUUAAUAUAAAUACAAGAUAGACAUUACUCAUAGGGUACAAUAAAAGUUAUUGGGUAAUACAAUAUUGUAAGAAUAUGCUAACAUAAAGAGGCCAAAAUUUUUCUAGCACAGUUCUUAUGCAUUUAUUUUAUGUCCCAGUGUCUCAAAUUAUACCCUGUAUAGAAUCAUGAAAUCAAACUUAUUGAAAGCAAAACCUUUUGAAAAGCAUCUUUUUAAUAUUAUUUAAUACUAUUUGAAUGUAAUGUCUGGCAAUUUAUAUAUAUAUUUAAAGGAAAAAUUGUAGAAUGAGUAUUCAUCACACAAGUAAAUUAUCCAUGUGAUUCAUCACCUUCAUGCUUCCGUUAUUGGCCUUUGACAGUGGAAAAAAAAAAAAAAACGAUUGGUUGUUCUCUCACCAUUAUGACUUUUUAAAGGAAAUGCUCUGUGCUGUAGUUAAUUUUCCCCAGUUUCUAUUUUUGUACAAAAUCUAUUUACAAAGAGGUACAUGUGUUGCUAUGAUUUAUUUAUAACCUCACAAGCAGCUUUUUCUUCAAAGGCAUAUGACAUAAAGUAUUAUUGACCAGCGCACAGUAUGUUUUCUCGUCUCAGCCCACAACUAAUGGUAAGAGAACAACCAAAGAUGUCCCUGACGACAGUAUGCAAAAUUUUUCGCUCAAAUGUCAAGGACCUUAAAUUUUAAAAAUGUAUAUAGAUGUCAUUAAAUAUUGUUAAUGAA